GCGCGAGACAGGCAGGUCUCUACGUACGGUGUGCGGUCCAAGGAUGGUGGAGCUCGGGAUGCCCACAUGGCUCACUCGAUGUGGGACCGCUACUUUGACAUUGUUGUUGCUACAGGCGUCGACGAUACUCGCAGACACGUGCACAUUCGAGGACGGUCCUUGCAGUGAGUGGUUGUCCAGCGAUUGCAGCGAAGGUGCUUGUUUCCAGGUGCAUAAGGUGUCCGACAUGAAGCACGGCCCCACCAUAGACCACACCCUUCACACAGACGAGGGUUCGUGCUACUACGCAACGACCGGCUCCGCUGAUGACGGAAGCCGCACCGCCAUGCUGGUGUACAAGACAACGGGCCCGCUGUGUUUCACAGCCUGGUACCACCAGUCAGGCACGGACCAUCCGCCGGCCGUCUUCUCGAUGGAACAUGACGAUGGCAUCUGCACCGACUUCUACGCCACCCAGCGGGACGCCUCCGGCCGCUGGCAACGUGUGCGGUACUCGGAGAAGCACAGCGGGGAGGUAAAGAUUCGUGUACGCUACAACAUCAGAGAUGUAUUGGAGAGGGGCACUCUGGCACUGGACGACCUCACAGUGGAAAGGAGAGAGUGUCCGGCGGAGCCUAAAGACGGUUCCUGCGACUUCGACUGGGGCGAAACUUGUGGGUACAACUUUGGAGGCAAAAACAGCACAUGGAAGCACAACGAACAUCCAGGCGAAUCGCCCUUCAAAGACUACUCAACCGGCGGAAUGCUUGGCGGCAUGGCCUACUUGGAAGCAGACGGCCGGCCUCUGCAAGAAUCUCUGACGUCACCAACACUGCCCGGCCGGGCGGAUGUGCAGUGCCUUCGCUUUCAUUACUACGUGUCAGGGAGUGAAAAAGCAACAGGAAUGCUGUCAACUACGAUUUCUUCUCCCGGAACAGGGAAGAACAAGACUAUUUGGCAGCGAUCAACGAAGGGAAUUAUUCGAGACACCUGGACCGCAGUGGACGUGGCUUUCAAGCAUACACAAAAAUUUACUAUGACAUUCACGUGCAGCCUGCUGCCAGACAAGUCCAUCCCAAAGCCUGCCUGCGCGAUAGAUGCCAUCGAGCUUGACGACUGUGCGGGAACAAAAGUGCCCGCACUCAGGAAGUGCGACUUCGAGGAUGGCUGGUGCACAUGGAAAAACAACAACACGUCGAACAACGAUCUCGCCUGGAUGCUAGGGGGAGAAAAUCUGAAGACUACGCUCCUCAGGCCAAGCCACGACCACACCUACGGAAAUAAAACUGGGUCAUAUCUGUUCCUCAGCAACUUCGAGAGGAACACAGGUGACCAAGCCGAUCUUAUCGGUGAGGUCCUUUUCACAUCCAGCUCGGUUACGCAAUGCGUCGAGUUUUGGUACGAUAUCAACGGAGACAAGGACACAAUUCUGCAGGUGCUGACCAUCAAUCCGACCAGUAAGUCCCACGAAGCCCAACCCCUGUGGAAGCAGAAAGGUGCCGACCGAAGCGCCUGGCAGAUGGGGCGAGUGGCUGCAUCUCAAUACAGCCGGCUCAUCUUUCGUGGAGCCGUUGGACCAUCGCUGGAGCCAAUGUACAUCGCGCUUGACGACAUCAGCGUCAGCGACAACGAUCGGUGCGAGACGCUGCCCCAAGGAGCCGGCCAGUUAGACGCAGAUGACGUUAUCAGCUGUGGCUUCGAAAGAGGAAACCCUUGUCACUGGACUUCGGAAGGUCGAGCAGCGACAGUGUGGAAAUUUGGACCACCCAUGAGCUCCUCCCUGGGACCUCUUCAGCCGCCAGAAGACAGAGGCGGCAUGGUUCACCUUACUGGAUCGUCACUCGCGAACCAAACCAAGCCCGCUCUACUGUACUCCACUGCGGUAGGGCCGCAGACCGAGGCGGCCUGCUUUUCCUUCUGGUACCACAUGUUCGGAGGCGACGGUGUGGAGCUGGAGCUGUACCUGAAAAAGUUGGACCGUUCAGCUGGUGCCAUGUGGCAGAACGACCAGCUCUUCAGCCACAGGGACCGUACAACGGCAGACCGGUGGUACAACGUGCGCCGAACUGUGCUCCUGGAUGAACAGAGCAAUAAGUUCGUGUUCUCUUUGAUGGCCAUCCGCAAAAAUCCGAAUGCAGCUGUUGUUGCCUUGGGACCGCUAGAUUUCACGCAAGGUGCAUGCGACGUGCUUACAGACUCUAAAGGCUACUGUGACUUUGAAAUCGACCAAUGUGGCUGGGAGUCCGACACCGUCUGGAAGCGGGGACCGAAGUUAUAUUCAUAUGAUGACCCGGCCCACCACGUGCGUUCUGGACCUGUCAAUUCUGUCUACGUUCUGAUGGCCGCCGUGGCUUCGUACACUAAGAAAGUCGCCACCAUGACCAGCUCCGAAUUCCCUGGCCAGAGGGGGCCGCAGUGCCUGGAGUUCUGGUAUGCUCACACUGGUACCGGCGACGCCCUGCUGCAGGCCGAGAUUUCGGCGAAGGAAGGAAGCAAAGUCCUCUGGACCAAGCCAUCUUUCUCAAAGGGCGACUGGAUGCUGGCUCGAGUGCAGUUUGUGCAGGACCGAAACUUCAAGGUUGCGUUCCGGGCGUCCUUACCAGCCAAUUAUGCGGUGUCGUUGAGUCUGGACGAUGUGGCAGUGCGGCCUGAGCCGUGCGUCCACCCAGUAGAGUGUGACUUCACAGAAGGUCUGUGUGGAUACGUGAACAAAUUCGAUGGAGACUUCCGUUGGCUCAUCGGUAGCGGUCGACUCGAAACUCCUCAAAUGCAACCGAAGGAACGCAUUCCUCAGGGUGCUCGCUCAUCAUUUGCCUACCUGGAUCUGACGACGGGAACAGCAACUAACACGGCCUCGGUUAAGUCGGAAAAAGUAACAGCGGUUGGCCUACUGAGCCCUCUGUUCAACGUCGUUGACGACCAAACCACUCUUGUCAUCCAGUACUACCGAAAGGGGCCAGAUAUUGUGGCAGCUAACUUGUCCGUCUCCUGCUACGGCGAUGGCAAACUGGACAAAGUGGAGACGCAGUUUUCCUCGGAUAUGGCUGAAGUGUCUGAGUGGAGUGAACUGGGCGUGUCCUUGAAGCAAGGCACCAACUGCCAACUGUCGGUGCAAGUCACACGAGGAGAUGGCACGGAUGGGGCGAUCGCAAUUGGGGCCAUCCGAGUGCAGUCAGAGACCAUUGAAGAACCGGAUAAAGAAUCAGCGGAGCAUUGCACCUUUGAAGACGGAACCAUGCGUGGUUGGAAAACAGGUGGCGGCUCGCUGACGUGGACCCUCAACGAUCCAGCAAAGAAAGUCCCCGGCUACCCGCGCUUCGACCACACCCUUCGAUCUUACAAAGGUCGUUUCAUCUUCGCGGAAAACAAGAAUGUUACGGAGCAGACGGCUGUCCUCAAGAGCCCCGUAUUGGAUGUGAACGCUACAGGUGGGGCCUGCUUCAGCUUCUGGCACUUCGCCGCUCACCAAUACUUGGGCGAGAUUUCCGUCUUCUCGGGGAAGCAGGAACUGCUCCGUGCGGUCACACGGACCGGUAACCGCUGGGAGCACGUACUGGGCUCAUUCAGCAUACCUACAGAAGGGUUCGAGAUGGAGAUCCGGGCGUCCAUAGGACUUGGUGUAGUAUCGCUGGACGAUCUGCAGAUAACCGCUGGACCGUGCCCGCAACGAGAUUCUUGCUCCUGGGAGGAUGGUUUGUCGUGCGAGUUUUUCAACAGUCCCGGCAAUGUCGCCGAGUGGAGACGUCGCCGCGCAUCGAAAAUUGGUGUUCCCGACCACACGCUCAACAGCCUCGAAGGCUAUUACUUGUUUUUGAACACGACGGCACUGGACUCACACCACCCUAUGUCCAGAGUGUUCAUGUCCAGCAGGAAGCCGACUGAAGCCACCUGCGUCACCUUCUGGUGGAGGGGUAAGGGCGCCCGAAGCCAACUGAAUGUGUACAGGUACACCAAAGAGACGGCGUUUCGGGACCCGCUGCUGUCGGUGCGCACAGACGAUGAAGGCAGUUGGUGGAAUGCGCGCUCGGUCACCGUCUCGGCCAAGACCUACUGGGCCCUUGUCUUCGAAGUCGUCGCCCCCGCUGGUGAAAAGCGUCAGUCUGGUGUCAUGAUCGACACAGUCGAAUACGCGGACGGCGAAUGCCCGCUUUACAACUUGUGCACGUUUGAAGAUGAGUGCCUUCCGUGGAUAAUUCCGGCAAAAGGCGAAGAGUCAAGGUUCGAGGUUGAACGGGCUGGAUCCUUCAGUAAGCUCUCUAAAGACCACACAACAUCUACCGUGGAAGGUUACUACCUUCUCUAUAAGAGCCCCGGUAUCAAGGGGAACCGGACAUCGUUGGAACUGCGCGAGCCAUCGCGCUACUUAGGUUCAUGCGUAUCCCUGUGGUACUUCCUGCCUUCUGUACCGGAUGGAGUCAGUUUACUGCUACACUCAGAAAGCGUCGCCGAUGGAACCAACACCUGGAAGCAGAGGCGGUUUCGCUUGUCUCGUGCAAGACAAGUUCCCAUUGAGGCGAUCGCCGGAAGUAGCACCGAUGGAUUUCUUGCAAUCGACGACUUGCUCAUUGAUAACACCGACUGCAACGACGAAAGCCAGUCGCGGCGCGCUGAGUUCCAGUGCGGCGACGGCAAGAUGGUGCCGCGCGACCGAGUGUGCGACUUCGUGGCCGACUGCGACGACCGCGCCGACGAGCGGAGCUGCGGACAGUGCGGCUUCGGCGAGGACGCAUGCGGCUGGAACUUGGACAGUGCCCGAAACCGGGACACGACAGCCUGGCAGCUGGUUCCCAUAGGGCUGGUUCCCGAGUCGCCACCCAAUGGAGCCGACCGCCGACGUCACGGAAAUUAUUUGCUGGUGUACGCAAACAGUACAAGGGGGACACAGCCUGGCCAGGCCAGUAUCGAAUCACCCACGAUCAGAAACACCGGGAAACUGUGUACUCUAUUCUUUUGGUACAACUACGUCAAAGCCGGAGCUGACCUGGAGGUGGGCCUGUAUAUGACGGCGGGUGGAUACACCAUGCAAGUGUGGACCCUCAGGGCUUUGGGAAAGUCUCCUCCAGAAGGAAUCUGGAACGGAGCGGCCGUGGAAAUUGGGCGACACCCGAGUGAAGUCAGCUUAUACUUCUCGACCAUCCAAUACCCUCAAGCAAGGGCUCUGUUUGCCGUGGACGCCAUACGCUACAGUACCUGCACCCUACCAUCUAAGGUGGCGAACUGCACCAAAUCCGAGUUUCAUUGUGCGAACGGUGCCUGUGUGGAUUCAUACGAGCGCUGCAACUAUGAUGACGACUGUGGUGACAAUAGUGACGAAGAGAACUGCGCUGACCAUAGACUUGGAUGCAACUUCGACUCAUCCUUCUGUGACUGGUUGCCACAAGCGCCGUCUCAAGGGAAAGUGAGGGGUUGGGAAUUGGCUACACCUUCUUCACGUUUGUCAAGUGGUCCCACCAGGGAUCAUACAACAGGCACACAAGCAGGAAAAUUUAUUGUCCUGCAUUCAACUUUGUCACAGAAGAAUGCCACAAUCAUCGGUCCAACUCUCCAUAAUGCGAAAUUCUGUGCAAUGACAUUCUUCUACACUGUCCAAGGCGAGAGCGAACCAAAGCUAUCGCUGAAUGUGCGCACAACUAAAAAUGGGCGUUGGAAGCGUGUGUGGUCCCAACCUCGUCCGACCCAAUUCUGGCACUUCGUUUCUGAGACUGUAUUUUUCACGGAGAAGGAGCCAUACCAGAUUGCUUUUAUUGGAGAACAUGGGAGAUCUAGAAAGUCCGGCUACAUUGCCAUUGAUGACAUCACGUUUUCAGAAGACUGCGAGCUUUACCACGAAGGCCUGCCAGAGAACCAAACACCAAGUCCACCAUCAUUCACCUGUAAGGGCGACGAGUACCAGUGUGGCGACAGUGAGCAGUGCAUUCCCGAGGCUCAAGUGUGUGACUUCAAAAAUGACUGCUCCAAUAACGCAGACGAAGCUCAAUGUGGUGCUUGUGAUGGUUUUUCGACAAAUUUGUGCGGCCUUGAAAACGAAGAGCCCAAUGGGCGUUUUGGAUGGAAGCGGACGACAGCUCGAGACGCUAAGCAGAACAAGCUCUACCCGGCCACCGACAGCAGGUUCAACCCAGAUGGCGCCUACACUGCAUAUUCCGUGCUCAACGCUGAUGUACCCGUGCCUACCAGUGGCGUAUUGAUGGUGACACCGCGACUGGGCCGGAUUGCGCACUCUUGCGUCGUGAAUUUCUAUGCCUACAUGGCCGACGACGCAUCUUCAAUCCUCACUUUUGGAGUGUUGCUUCCGUCAGCGGAUGGAAAUCAAUCUAACGACGUCUUUGAGCUGGCUGAACUGCGUGGUAACCGCGACAAAGGCAAAUGGCUAGAGGUUACCGUGAAGGUUGGCAACUGGGACGCCGGAGCUAGGUUUUUUUACCGUGCCGGAAGCGUGGGUGUCAGCGUAGACCGUCCCAAAUACAUCAAUUGCCAUCCAGAUUCACAAAGCGAAGGAUCUGAAUUGACUAAACAGGUGAGCUGCGAUUUCUCCAACCCAAAGGAGUGUGGCUGGUUCCCCGAGCGUCAGGCCAACCAUAUCGAGUGGGUUCUUUACACGGGCGGUAAUGGUCUACCUCGACCCAUGUGGCAACCCCCGUUUGUUCUCGCACCCAGUGGUGCCUUCAUGAUCGCCGAGAGCAAGUUUCCUGUUAUAAAGAAGGCCCAUCUUGUCUCAAUCCGAAUGAGUCCCACACCUGACAGUGGCCGCUGCUUCACCUUCUGGUACAACAUGUGGCAUCCAAACAGCGGGGAGCUUCACGUUCUUCAACGUGGAGUAAAUGAUUCAACCACGUUGCUAUGGCGUCGGGCGGGACCACAGGGCAAGGAAUGGCACCUUGGGCAGGUGCAGCUACACAGUUACGAGUCCCACCAGCUGGUCAUCGAAGCUGUCUUGAAACCCAACAUACCUGGCAAAAUAGCCAUCGACCUUUUCACACUCAAGGAUGGUCCGUGUGACACUGGCAAAGAAUGCACGUUUGAGUCAGGCACAUGCGGCUGGGAGCUCCACAACUGGGAGCUUACGAAAGGCAACAGUGCCACAUUGCCUUGGGAAGACCACAGCACAAGAGCACCUUCAGGAAACUUCGCCUUGGUCAAGUCCCCGGGAGGCCGCAUGACAAGCCCGCCGGGUUGGUUCGAUGCUGCACAGGACAGAUGCCUCCGCUUCUGGUUCUUUCUCUCCGGCACGGCGGCUGAGACUCUUAACGUCACUCGGGUGCUGGACCAGAACCGCCAGGAGUUCCUAUGGUCCCAAAUAGCAACUAAUGCCCCUUCGAAGAUAUGGUACUCGGCCGCUGUCAACCUGACCAGUCAUCAAGGGGACGUUGCCACGGUGUUCGAAGGCGUUGCCUCCGGCGACCCCGGCACUGCCGUAGCUGUGGACGACAUUGGUCUGAGGGAGGCACCUUGUCCAGCACCAGGCAGCUGUUCAUUUGAGGAAGAUAUGUGCAACUGGUACAACAACAAAAGCCGCGCCUACGCACAGUGGUACCGACACAAGGGCCCCACUGUCUCCUUCCCGAGCAGGCUGGAAAAAGACCACACAAGGGGCACUAGUGAUGGAUACUACCUGCUUCUGGACUCUGAGGACCAGGCUGCAAUACCAGUUGGAAUUUUGCAGAGUCAGACCCUUGCAUUGGGUCCUACCGUGUGUUUCCAGCUCUAUUACCAUAUGCAAAAAGGAACCAAAGCCUGGCUGAACGUCACGUUUGUGGAGCCCUCCGGGUUGCUUUCUGGCGGUCACACGACUGUUUAUUCCACAAACUCCAUUGACUGGACGCUGCUUUCUGUAGAGCGGGAUGAUUUGCCUGAUAUAUUUUCGGUUGUUAUCACCGCGACGGCAGGAGAGUUUGCUGGGAAUGUUGCUAUUGAUGACAUUUAUGUACGCUCUGGCAACUGUGGAGCAACAUCACAAGCAACAACUGCCGCACGAACUUACACCACAAGACCAAAAACGUCAUCAGUGGUUCCUAAGCAGCCAUCCACAGCUGAGACUGCAGCGCCACCAAUCACAGUACGGCCAACAACUCCAUCAGCAGGCGCUAAAUUAACAGCGUCAACUGCAGCACCAGGCCCACACUCGACAGAACCAUCAUCGAAAUGCUCUCGUGGUGAAUUCAGCUGCAGAGAUGGCGUCACCUGCAUACCUGCCUUGUUGCUGUGUGAUGGUGUUUCUGAUUGUCCUAAUGGACUCGAUGAAAUAUGCAGUGAGAAGAGCAUCAAUCCAUGUAGAGAAGAUAAGUUCUAUUGUCCAACUAAGUAUCCUCACACUUGCCUUCCACGUUUCCUCCUCUGCGAUGGUCAUGAAGACUGCUUCGGCGGUGCUGAUGAAUCUCUUUGUGAAGUGUGCCCUGACUCCUACUGCCGACAUGGCGGCAUCUGCUCAUGGACACAGAACAAGCGGAGCCCAGUUUGCAACUGUACCGGAGGCUAUGCGGGAGCACGCUGCCAGUACUACAGGAAUAGUGUUUUCGAAGGAGACAAGGAUGCAGUCAAAGCAUCAGGCAGCUCUGGCCCCAUCGUCACCGGAAUUUUGGUCGUGUUGGCCAUAGCCUUAAUUGGAACUGUGAUUGCAGUCAUCAUUAUCAGGAGACGACGAGCAAUGAUGGGCUCGCACGAACUCCUCCGCAGCGCUGCUUACGAUGUUUCCAGGGAGGAAACAGAAUUUUUUGGCUGACUGGAAUUCUCCCAUCGCAGUAGAAGGGCAGUGAAAAGAAACGUCGCAUGGCAUGUACAGCAUUCGAAGUUGUUUUUGUAAAGGGCAUUCUAUAGCACUGUGUAAAAAAUAAAU